AUGCUGAGCUUUGUCCAAAUCAAAAUUAUAUUGCUGUUAGCUGUAAAGGCGGGAAGAAUAGAGCAAAUUGACUACUGCAGAGGAAGCCGGGGAGAGGACGGACAAGGGGGAACCACAGGGAACCGGGGAGAGGACGGACAAGGGGGAAUCACAGGGAACCGGGGAGAGGACGGACAAGGGGGAAUCACAGGGAACCGGGGAGAGGACGGACAAGGGGGAAUCACAGGGAACCGGGGAGAGGACGGACAAGGGGGAACCACAGGGAGCUGGGGAGAGGACGGACAAGGGGGAAUCACAGGGAACCGGGGAGAGGACGGACAAGGGGGAAUCACAGGGAGCCAGGGAGAGGACGGACAAGGGGGAACCACAGGGAGCCAGGGAGAGGACGGACAAGGGGGAACCACAGGGAGCCGGGGAGAGGACGGACAAGGGGGAACCACAGGGAGCCGGGGAGAGGACGGACAAGGGGGAACCACAGGGAGCCGGGGAGAGGACGGACAAGGGGGAACCACAGGGAGCUGGGGAGAGGACGGACAAGGGGGAAUCACAGGGAGCCGGGGAGAGGACGGACAAGGGGGAAUCACAGGGAGCCGGGGAGAGGACGGACAAGGGGGAAUCACAGGGAGCCGGGGAGAGGACGGACAAGGGGGAACCACAGGGAGCCAGGGAGAGGACGGACAAGGGGGAACCACAGGGAGCCGGGGAGAGGACGGACAAGGGGGAACCACAGGGAGCCGGGGAGAGGAAGGACAAGGGGGAACCACAGGGAGCCGGGGAGAGGACGGACAAGGGGGAAUCACAGGGAGCUGGGGAGAGGACGGACAAGGGGGAACCACAGGGAACCGGGGAGAGGGCGGACAAGGGGGAACCACAGGGAACCGGGGAGAGGACGGACAAGGGGGAACCACAGGGAGCCGGGGAGAGGACGGACAAGGGGGAAUCACAGGGAGCCGGGGAGAGGACGGACAAGGGGUAAUCACAGGGAGCCGGGGAGAGGACGGACAAGGGGGAAUCACAGGGAGCCAGGGAGAGGACGGACAAGGGGGAAUCACUGGGAGCCAGGGAGAGGACGGACAAGGGGGAAUCACAGGGAGCCGGGGAGAGGACGGACAAGGGGGAACCACAGGGAGCCGGGGAGAGGACGGACAAGGGGGAAUCACAGGGAGCCAGGGAGAGGACGGACAAGGGGGAAUCACAGGGAGCCAGGGAGAGGACGGACAAGGGGGAAUCACUGGGAGCCGGGGAGAGGACGGACAAGGGGGAAUCACAGGGAGCCGGGGAGAGGACGGACAAGGGGAAACCACAGGGAGCCAGGGAGAGGACGGACAAGGGGGAAUCACAGGGAGCCAGGGAGAGGACGGACAAGGGGGAACCACAGGGAGCCAGGGAGAGGACGGACAAGGGGGAACCACAGGGAGCCGGGGAGAGGACGGACAAGGGGGAAUCACAGGGAGCCAGGGAGAGGACGGACAAGGGGGAACCACAGGGAGCCAGGGAGAGGACGGACAAGGGGGAACCACAGGGAGCCGGGGAGAGGACGGACAAGGGGGAACCACAGGGAGCCGGGGAGAGGACGGACAAGGGGGAACCACAGGGAGCCGGGGAGAGGACGGACAAGGGGGAAUCACAGGGAGCUGGGGAGAGGACGGACAAGGGGGAACCACAGGGAACCGGGGAGAGGACGGACAAGGGGGAACCACAGGGAACCGGGGAGAGGACCGACAAGGGGGAACCACAGGGAGCCGGGGAGAGGAUGGACAAGGGGGAACCACAGGGAGCCAGGGAGAGGACGGACAAGGGGGAACCACAGGGAACCAGGGAGAGGACGGACAAGGGGGAAUCACAGGGAGCGGGGGAGAGGACGGACAAGGGGGAAUCACAGGGAGCCGGGGAGAGGAUGGACAAGGGGGAAUCACAGGGAGCCAUGAAGAGGACGGACAAGGGGGAAUCACAGGGAGCCAGGGAGAGGACGGACAAGGGGGAAUCACAGGGAACCGGGGAGAGGAUGGACAAGGGGGAACCACAGGGAGCCGGGUAGAGGACGGACAAGGGGGAAUCACAGGGAACCGGGGAGAGGACGGACAAGGGGGAACCACAGGGAACCGGGGAGAGGACGGACAAGGGGGAACCACAGGGAGCCGGGGAGAGGACGGACAAGGGGGAAUCACAGGGAGUGGGGGAGAGGACGGACAAGGGGGAAUCACUGGGAGCCGGGGAGAGGACGGACAAGGGGGAAUUACAGGGAACCGGGGAGAGGACGGACAAGGGGGAACCACAGGGAGACGGGUAGAGGACGGACAAGGGGGAAUCACAGGGAACCGGGGAGAGGGCGGACAAGGGGGAACCACAGGGAACCGGGGAGAGGACGGACAAGGGGGAACCACAGGGAGCCGGGGAGAGGACGGACAAGGGGGAAUCACAGGGAGCGGGGGAGAGGACGGACAAGGGGGAAUCACUGGGAGCCGGGGAGAGGACGGACAAGGGGGAAUCACAGGGAACCGGGGAGAGGACGGACAAGGGGGAAUCACAGGGAACCGGGGAGAGGAUGGACAAGGGGGAAUCACAGGGAGCCGGGGAGAGGACGGACAAGGGGGAAUCACAGGGAACCGGGGAGAGGACGGACAAGGGGGAACCACAGGGAGCUGGGGAGAGGACGGACAAGGGGGAAUCACAGGGAACCGGGGAGAGGACGGACAAGGGGGAAUCACAGGGAGCCAGGGAGAAGACGGACAAGGGGGAACCACAGGGAGCCAGGGAGAGGACGGACAAGGGGGAACCACAGGGAGCCGGGGAGAGGACGGACAAGGGGGAACCACAGGGAGCCGGGGAGAGGACGGACAAGGGGGAACCACAGGGAGCCGGGGAGAGGACGGACAAGGGGGAACCACAGGGAGCCGGGGAGAGGACGGACAAGGGGGAACCACAGGGAGCCGGGGAGAGGACGGACAAGGGGGAACCACAGGGAGCCGGGGAGAGGACGGACAAGGGGGAACCACAGGGAGCCGGGGAGAGGACGGACAAGGGGGAACCACAGGGAGCCGGGGAGAGGACGGACAAGGGGGAAUCACAGGGAGCUGGGGAGAGGACGGACAAGGGGGAACCACAGGGAACCGGGGAGAGGACGGACAAGGGGGAACCACAGGGAGCUGGGGAGAGGACGGACAAGGGGGAAUCACAGGGAGCCGGGGAGAGGACGGACAAGGGGGAAUCACAGGGAGCCAGGGAGAGGACGGACAAGGGGGAACCACAGGGAGCCAGGGAGAGGACGGACAAGGGGGAACCACAGGGAGCCGGGGUGAGGACGGACAAGGGGGAACCACAGGGAGCCGGGGAGAGGACGGACAAGGGGGAACCACAGGGAGCCGGGGAGAGGACGGACAAGGGGGAAUCACAGGGAGCUGGGGAGAGGACGGACAAGGGGGAAUCACAGGGAACCGGGGAGAGGACGGACAAGGGGGAAUCACAUGGAACCGGGGAGAGGACGGACAAGGGGGAAUCACAGGGAACCGGGGAGAGGACGGACAAGGGGGAAUCACAGGGAGCCGGGGAGAGGACGGACAAGGGGGAAUCACAGGGAGCCCGGGAGAGGACGGACAAGGGGGAAUCACAGGGAGCCAGGGAGAGGACAGACAAGGGGGAAUCACAGGGAACCGGGGAGAGAAUGGACAAGGGGGAAUCACAGGGAGCGGGGGAGAGGACGGACAAGGGGGAAUCACAGGGAGCCGGGGAGAGGAUGGACAAGGGGGAAUCUCAGGGAGCCAGGAAGAGGACGGACAAGGGGGAAUCACAGGGAGCCAGGGAGAGGACGGACAAGGGGGAAUCACAGGGAACCGGGGAGAGGAUGGACAAGGGGGAACCACAGGGAGCCGGGUAGAGGACGUACAAGGGGGAAUCACAGGGAACCGGGGAGAGGACGGACAAGGGGGAACCACAGGGAGCCGGGGAGAGGACGGUCAAGGGGGAAUCACAGGGAGCGGGGGAGAGGACGGACAAGGGGGAAUCACUGGGAGCUGGGGAGAGGACGGACAAGGGGGAAUUACAGGGAACCGGGGAGAGGACGGACAAGGGGGAACCACAGGGAGCCGGGUAGAGGACGGACAAGGGGGAAUCACAGGGAACCGGGGAGAGGGCGGACAAGGGGGAACCACAGGGAGCCGGGGAGAGGACGGACAAGGGGGAAUCACAGGGAGCGGGGGAGAGGACGGACAAGGGGGAAUCACUGGGAGCUGGGGAGAGGACGGACAAGGGGGAAUUACAGGGAACCGGGGAGAGGACGGACAAGGGGGAACCACAGGGAGCCGGUUAGAGGACGGACAAGGGGGAAUCACAGGGAACCGGGGAGAGGGCGGACAAGGGGGAACCACAGGGAGCCGGGGAGAGGACGGACAAGGGGGAAUCACAGGGAGCGGGGGAGAGGACGGACAAGGGGGAAUCACUGGGAGCUGGGGAGAGGACGGACAAGGGGGAAUUACAGGGAACCGGGGAGAGGACGGACAAGGGGGAACCACAGGGAGCCGGGUAGAGGACGGACAAGGGGGAAUCACAGGGAACCGGGGAGAGGGCGGACAAGGGGGAACCACAGGGAACCGGGGAGAGGACGGACAAGGGGGAACCACAGGGAGCCGGGGAGAGGACGGACAAGGGGGAAUCACAGGGAGCGGGGGAGAGGACGGACAAGGGGGAAUCACUGGGAGCCGGGGAGAGGACGGACAAGGGGGAAUCACAGGGAACCGGGGAGAGGACGGACAAGGGGGAAUCACAGGGAGCCGGGGAGAGGAUGGACAAGGGGGAAUCACAGGGAGCCGGGGAGAGGACGGACAAGGGGGAAUCACAGGAAGCCAGGGAGAGGACGGACAAGGGGGAACCACAGGGAGCCAGGGAGAGGACGGACAAGGGGGAACCACAGGGAGCCGGGGAGAGGACGGACAAGGGGGAAUCACAGGGAGCCGGGGAGAGGACGGACAAGGGGGAAUCACAGGGAGCCGGGGAGAGGACGGACAAGGGGGAAUCACAGGGAGCCGGGGAGAGGACGGACAAGGGGGAAUCACAGGGAGCCGGGGAGAGGACGGACAAGGGGGAAUCACAGGGAGCCUGGGAGAGGACGGACAAGGGGGAAUCACUGGGAGCCAGGGAGAGGACGGACAAGGGGGAAUCACAGGGAGCCGGGGAGAGGACGGACAAGGGGGAACCAUAGGGAGCCGGGGAGAGGACGGACAAGGGGGAAUCACAGGGAGCCAGGGAGAGGACGGACAAGGGGGAAUCACAGGGAGCCAGGGAGAGAAUGGACAAGGGGGAAUCACAGGGAGCCGGGGAGAGGACGGACAAGGGGGAACCACAGGGAGGAACCGGGGAGAGGACGGACAAGGGGGAACCACAGGGAACCGGGGAGAGGACGGACAAGGGGGAACCACAGGGAGCCGGGGAGAGGACGGACAAGGGGGAAUCACAGGGAGCGGGGGAGAGGACGGACAAGGGGGAAUCACUGGGAGCCGGGGAGAGGACGGACAAGGGGGAAUUACAGGGAACCGGGGAGAGGACGGACAAGGGGGAACCACAGGGAGCCGGGUAGAGGACGGACAAGGGGGAAUCACAGGGAACCGGGGAGAGGGCGGACAAGUGGGAACCACAGGGAACCGGGGAGAGGACGGACAAGGGGGAACCACAGGGAGCCGGGGAGAGGACGGACAAGGGGGAAUCACAGGGAGCGGGGGAGAGGACGGACAAGGGGGAAUCACUGGGAGCCGGGGAGAGGACGGACAAGGGGGAAUCACAGGGAGCCGGGGAGAGGACGGACAAGGGGGAAUUACAGGGAGCCAGGGAGAGGACGGACAAGGGGGAACCACAGGGAGCCGGGGAGAGGACGGACAAGGGGGAAUCACAGGGAGCCGGGGAGAGGACGGACAAGGGGUAAUCACAGGGAGCCGGGGAGAGGACGGACAAGGGGGAAUCACAGGGAGCCAGGGAGAGGACGGACAAGGGGGAAUCACUGGGAGCCAGGGAGAGGACGGACAAGGGGGAAUCACAGGGAGCCGGGGAGAGGACGGACAAGGGGGAACCACAGGGAGCCGGGGAGAGGACGGACAAGGGGGAAUCACAGGGAGCCAGGGAGAGGACGGACAAGGGGGAAUCACAGGGAGCCAGGGAGAGGACGGACAAGGGGGAAUCACUGGGAGCCGGGGAGAGGACGGACAAGGGGGAAUCACAGGGAGCCGGGGAGAGGACGGACAAGGGGGAACCACAGGGAGCUGGGGAGAGGACGGACAAGGGGGAAUCACAGGGAGCCGGGGAGAGGACGGACAAGGGGGAAUCACAGGGAGCCGGGGAGAGGACGGACAAGGGGGAAUCACAGGGAGCUGGGGAGAGGACGGACAAGGGGGAACGCAGAGGGAGCCGGGGAGAGGACGGACAAGGGGGUCACUUUGGAACAUACAUUGA